AUGUCUUCGUUAUCCGAAGAAAAGUACCAGACUCAAAAGUCGCCUCACGAUGUGUCACUAGAAGCUGGAGUCGAUAGUCACGAGUCGCCUGCCGAUAGCUAUGUGGCCGACUCCCAGUCAGGAAUUCUGGCGUCUCUGCGCAGAUUCGAGGCGCGAAUGGACACCAUUCUUGGCGUAGAGUCCCAUGCCAUUGAUCGCAAGACCGCCGCUGAUAAGCGUCCGCAUGAAGAGCUGAGCAUGGCUUUGCUUUGGGCGUCGGGAACCAUGGGAAUCAGUUGCUUCGCUACCGGCUUUCUGGGGUGGGAAUUCCAACUGAGCCUCAAGCAGACGAUUCCCAUCAUCAUUUUCGCUUCCAUCCUCGGUGGGGCUGUUUCCGCCUACUGCGCAACAUUCAGCGCCGCGACUGGUCUCAGGCAGGUCUCCUUCUCGCGUUACAGCUUUGGCUGGUAUCCAAACAAGCUCAUUGCCUUCCUCAACGGCAUCGAACAACUUGGAUGGGCUGCUGUCGCAAGUAUUUCUGGAGGUCUUGCUCUCACUGGUGUCGCUGACGGCCAUAUCUCGCUCGUGGGUGGUGUUAUCAUCAUCGCCGUUGUCUCCCUUGUCAUCAGUCUCCUUGGUCUCAAGUACAUUCUUGUCUACGAGCGAUAUGCGUGGCUCAUAUACUUUGUUGUAUUUCUCAUCAUAUUCGGCAUGGUAGGCCCCCAUGCAGACGACACGACUCCGUCUCCCUUGACCGGUCUUGAUCUAUCCGGCAACGUGCUUUCACUGCUGGCCAUCAUCUACGGCAGCUCUGCGUCCUGGUCAACAAUGGUGGGAGAUUACUACGUCCACUACCCUGUCAACGUCUCGCGCUUCAAGGUAUUCGCUCUCACGACCCUCGGCAUUGCUAUUCCGACAUCUUUUGGUAUGACCGCCGGCGCUGUCGUGGCCAGCUCUCUGAACAGCAAUCAAGACUGGGCUGAUGCCUAUGAGCAUCAAGGUAUCGGGUUUCUGAUCCGAGACAUGUUGCAUCCUCGAGGCUUCUCAAAAUUCAUUCUCGUGCUGCUUUCCUUUAGUGGUAUCAAUACAAACAUCAUCUCCCUCUACUCAUCUGCUAUUUCGUUUCAGCAGAUGGCGCGCCCACUCGCCAACGUCCCCCGCUUCAUCUGGACACUUCUGUGCUUCGGAGUCGUCAUGGCCCUUGCGCUCGGUGGCCGCUCUGAGCUUAACACGUACCUGCAGGAUUUCUUGAGCUUGCUAGGGUACUGGUGCACGAGCUACUUUGUUAUCCUUUUGCUCGAGCACACCAUUUUCCGCAAGCGAGACUUUUCGAACUACGACUUGGAAGGCUGGAAUGAUCCCAGCCGACUACCGCUGGGACUUGGAGCAUCAGCAGCGUUCCUGGUGGGCGUCGUGGCGUGGUGCAUGGGGAUGGUCGAGACGUGGUUUGUUGGACCAGUGGGCGCCUUGAUUGGAGCCGAUGGCGGUGAUAUUGCCAACGAGUUUACACUAGUUGUCACAGCGGUCGUAUACAUUCCCGCUCGUUAUCUGGAGCUCAAGUGGUUUGGACGGUAG